AACAUCCUGCCCACGUCACAAUGCAAAACCUGCUGGGCGCGCGCUGAUUGGACGGACGCUUCUUUCUGUGUUGCUCCGCUGCCUGCUGGAAAUAAUACAUGCGAACCGAGCGGAUCAGUGUCCUGGAUUCCGUACCGAACCGAACCCGAGCGCUCGGGCUUCUCGUGGUGGAUCUGCGUGGAAGAUGGCGGAGUUGAGCGCAGUCCGACAGGAACUUAGAAACAGAAAUCUGAGCAGUUCUUUCGGGGAGCCUCUGUGUACGUCACCACAAAAAGAUGAGCAACAGAAACUGGCCGUGCCGUUCUGCGGCGGCAUCCGGGGAGGAAUGAGGCCGGGGAAGAAAAUCACGAUCAUGGGCGUCGUGAACGCAGAUCCGGACAGUUUUGACAUCAGUCUGACGUGCGGCUGCGGGGACGUCGCUCUGGAUAUGUGCGUACAGUUCGAAGACCGGGAGAUUUUGCGAAACGCCUGCAUUUCUGAUAGCUGGGGCGAGGAGGAGAGGUCAAUACCCUACUUCCCCUUCAUCGCAGAGCAGCCUUUCAGGGUUGAAAUCCAUUGUGAGCACCCGCGCUUCCGUGUGCUGGUGGACGGCCAUCAGCUCAUUGACUUCUACCAUCGCGUGACGCCGCUGGCGGCCAUCGACACCAUACAGAUCAGCGGCAGUCUGACCAUAACCAAGCUCAACUGACGUCUGCUGCGUCACAUGAAAGCAGCUUCCCCACCAGCCCAUCCGUUCUGAGCAUUAAAGACUGUCUGCGAUACUGAAGGACGCUUCAGAAUCAUCUAGAACUGAUGAUUGAACUCAACUUGAAACCGCAUUUUGAGCUAUAAGGAGGCAUUUAUUUUUAUGAGCAUCACAAUUCGCUGUAGGCAACAUGAAACACCAUUUGCAACCCAUUUAUUUUGUUUUUUGAGUGCAACAGGAUAUUAAAAUAGAAAAAACGUAGAGUGGCUUUGAUUUCCUUCCAUCAGGAUUACGAAAAGUGGGUGUUCAGUACUAGAAGAUUGGCUAAAUAACUAUGUGGCUGUUGGUUACGUGACGUAUUUUUGUAGUCCGACCCAUAAGUUUGCAAUGCAUCAUCCUGGUACUUUGACAAAAACCCAAUAGGAUUUUUUGGAUUAUUGCAGAAAAUAAGCUCUGUGACCUACAA